AUGCAAGAUGGUAGACCAGGUGAUACCCUUGUUGCUAAAGGAGACAAAUUCAGUCUUAGUCAGUGUCCUAAAAGUAACCUUGAAAUUCAGGAUAUGCAAAAGAUUCCCUAUGCAUCAGCUGUUGGGAGUCUGAUGUAUGCUCAAGUUUGUACGUGUCCGGAUAUUGCGUACAUUGUUGGAAUGUUAGGCAGAUAUUUAAGCAACCCUGGUAUGGACCAUUGGAUAGCAGCCAAGAGGGUUAUGAGGUAUCUUCAGAGAACAAAAUGUUACAUGCUCACAUAUAAGAAAUCAGAUUGUUUGGAGGUCGAAGGGUAUUCUGAUUCUGAUUUUGCUGGGUGCCAAGAUAGCAGAAAGUCUACAUCAGGCUAUAUUUACAUGUUAGCUGGAGGAGCUAUUUCCUGGAAAAGUGCCAAACAGACACUUGUAGCUUCUUCCACUAUGGCAGCAGAAUUUGUAGCAUGCUAUGAGGCAUCGAAUCAUGGAAUAUGGCUGCGAAACUUUGUCACUGGGCUGCGCAUUUUGGAGAAUGUAGAAAGACCACUCAAGUUAUUUUGUGACAAUAAUUCAGUAGUAUUGUAUUCCAAUAACAACAGGAGCUCAUCCAAGUCAAUGCAUAUUGACAUAAAGGUCCUAGUUGUGAAAGAAAAAGUGCAGAGUGGACAAAUAUCCAUAGAGCACAUUGGGGCACACUCCAUGAUAGCGGAUCCGCUCACAAAGGGAUUACCACCCAAGGUCUUUCAUGAGCACAUUUCUCAUAUGGGUGUAGUAAUGUUUGAGGAUAUCAUGAUUUAG